GUUAAACUGGUUAACCGAGACAGUUGGCACGCCUUAGAGUGAAGGACUGACAGAAUUUCAUUUUAACAAACAAAGGUAUUCCCUUACAAUACUAAUCUAUAAUGGUAUUCCUCUACAGUCUGAAUCCUCUUUUAGGCUGCAUUCAUUAUGUAUACCACAGGGGGGAGAGGGGGGAUUAGGGGGAGAGGAUUUUUGAUGGGGAUCUUAAAUUUUUUGGCAAGGGACAAGGGGGGGUUACCAAAAUUUUUGACAGAAGAAACGGGGGUUGCUGAUUUGUUUUUCUCCAGUUAUUAAAAUUAGGAAGCAUUGUUUUGUGGAUUUUUUUUUAUAAAAGAAGACUACCUUAAUAUUACUCUAUGCUUAAAGAAAGUUUGCUAGCUUAUUUGCUUGAUAAAUAAUACUCUUUGUAGGACUUAAACUAUUAAUAUAACGGUGAAGUGUUUUCAUGGUAAAGCUAAUUGCUUUCGAGUCAAUAACAACUACAAAAUUUCAAUGAAAAGUUCAAACUUUCUUUAACUGGAAAAUUGCCGUUAUUUCUGUGUUUAGCAGUAGCCACUGAAAUCAAGACUAAUGAAUGGACUUAACUGAAGCUCUAUAAACUAACAUAACAGCCAUACAAAGUAUUUUAUAAUUAGUAUUCCUAUGCAAAAAUGUUCACAUUGGAAUGUCUUGAAGUGCUUGAUGGCUCAAAUAGCAUACACAACCGGUCGGUAUAAAACACGGACUGGGAACCACGGACUGCGAACUGGGUAUAAAACACAGACUAGGAAUAAAAUGCAGACUACGGACUGAGUAUAAAACACGGACUAAGUAUAAAACGUGGACUAUGGACUAUGUAUAUAAUAACAGCUUUAGGAAGGUAAAACUGAGAGAAACGCAAAGCGGACAAGCAAAAACAGUAGUCCCAGCUUUAACAUUCCUUUAGCUGUUCCCGUAGUCUAUUCUCCCAGUGGACAAGGAAGGUUAUAAUUUAUUAUUAUGCCAGUACUCAAGGCAACUGAAAUUAAACUCUGAAUUUUAUAAAAAGAAGGAGUUAGAAGAGAUUUCAAUUUACAGUUUUAAACCAAUAAGAAGCACCGAAUCCUCUAAAAGUGUACACUUACCUUUCAUUCUAAAAAUCACGGCUUCGGCUUUUCAAGGGGAAAUAAAAAAAAAUGGUAUUGGUGUUAGUUAGAUCAGUAAAAUUCUUAUAGAUGCCACAAUUCCGUUUCAAAUAAAGCCUUGGGAAUAUGAGGACUGAAUGAAGAACUCAAAUGAGAAUGUAGGGGCAUUGUGCGAUGUACAAAAGCAGUAUUUAGGGAGCGGAGGAGGGAUUACUCAAAUACAUGAAUAAUAACCGAAAUGAAUCAUUCAACGUUAUAUUCUAAGCGAUGAUUGUGAUGACAUGAUUACACCCUGCUCCUGACCCCCGAAGGGGAGUACUACUGGAAAUUCUUGGUGGGGGUGUGCUGCCUGGUUCUCCAAAUCCUGACCUUAUUUCAGACCAAACAAUGCCAUUUUCCACACCCAUUUUCAGACCAAAUCUCUGAAAUCCAUACCCAUUUUCGGACCUGGCCUAAUUUAGCCUGUCUUAGGCUCUCAGAUAGUUGGGGAGACUCCCCAGUUUUCUCCCGUUUUAUUUCGUGUUCGUGCCUUCUCAAUACAGUGGACCCAACUACCUCGGAGCCUGGAACAGGUUAGGUCUAAUUAGGCAGAAAUUAUGUCAUCAUUACCAAGUUAGAGCGUAAACAAAAAAAUUCUCCAAAUGCAUUUCGAAUUCACAUAUUUCUAUUUCAUGCUUAUUCAUUUGGAAUUGAAACGAUAAAUUUAUCCAUUCAUGUACGCUCCUGUAGCUCCCUUAAAAACCAUACCCGAUUCCAGACCAAAAUGGGCAAAGUGUUUUCGGACUAAAUAGGCCCCAAAACCCUACCCUUUGGGCGGUACAUACCUAUAUGGCUUAUAUAAGGGAGUACCCCCCGGGUCCUGACCCCUUUCAUGAUUGUUAGAGACCGAGACCAGGUCUAAAAGUGGGUGAAGAAAAUAGCAUUUUGGUCAGGAUCCUGAUUCAGAGAACUGGGCGGCACACCUCCACCAAGAAUUUAUAGGAGUAUUUACAACUUAAACUCACAUGUCUUGCUAUUUAGUGAUCUUUUGAUCUUAUUUUUCCUUACCUAGAACCAAUUAGCACAGUUUUUACCAAAGUAGUCCGUAGUCUGUAUUUUAUACCCAGUCCGCAGUCCACGUUUUAUACCUAGCCAAUGUUUUAUACCCAGUCUGUAUUUUCCAGUCCGCAUUUUAUACCUAGUCCAUAUUUUAUACCCAGUCCGCAGUCUGUAGUCCGCAGUCGUUCUUUUAUACUGACCGCAUACACAACUUGAAAAACAUGUCACCAGUUAAACAUUUGCUGAUGAAAGUUAUUAAACUAAUGCUUGAAAACACAUUGCAACUGUCUUUGUGAAGGCAUGUUCUAAACUUCAUCAUUGUCUCCAAAACUCUCAGUACCCUCUUCAUUUCCACCAUCAUCAUCAUCAUCAUUGUUCAACACUGUUGGACAUCAACAACACUUGGCUUCCCUAAAUUAUGAACAGCACAACCUACAUGUUCAAGGGCAUCCCCACUAAUGAUAGUAAGUUCUCUCAGUCACUGAAGUGCUUUGAGUGCUUGUACCUUUAUAUCCUCUUCUUGGCAUAUUUUUAUUUCACAAAAAUCUGUGACCCUUUGGUUACCUUUUGUUUUUAGUUUUCUAUGUAAACAAUGAACUCUCCACCAUUUCAUCAUAUUGCCUAUAUUUUACUUUCCUCGUCAAGACGGGGAGGUUGCCAAUUUUGUUUUGGUCAAGAAGGGGGGCUGUCAAAAAAUUCUGUAUGAUUUGGUGGGGCUGAUCUUAAAACAUUUUGCCCUUUUAAAAAAUAUCCUCUCCCCCCCCCCCCACCUCCUGCUAUAUACAUAAUUAAUGAAACCUUAUGUGAUGUUAUCCAAAUAGAAUGAAAGACUUUCUUUUGUUAGUGAAGUCCUCAAAAGUAUCCUGGCGAUUUGCUGGCAGGGAAAGUUAUAAUUUGGAGAUUUUGGACCACAGCUAGUUUGCUGACAUUAAAAAUGAAGUUGAGAUACUCCUUGUAGGGGAACAGCAAAAUAUUGGAAAUUGUUUGAAAUAAACUUAGUGAGCGGCAUGGAGAAGUGUAUGUUGGCCUCACUAAACUACUAUUUUCUGAUGCAUAAAUUUUAAUCUUGGUUUAAUUGUAGAAUGGCUAAUACUCUUUGGGACCAGAUCAAAAUAAGUGCUGCAAAGCCAUUCCAGAAAGGGAAACCAAAAAACCAAGGUAAAGAAAGUUGUAAAGUAAUAUUUUGACAUUCAUGUUUCAUGUAGAUAAUUAUUCUUGGAGAUUAAGAACAAUUCCAAGUAAUUAAUACCUACGAGGGUCUUUGGUAGGGUCUUUGGAAUUCUGAGGUGGAGUGUUUCUUUCCCCAUAGGGGAACUGACCCACUGCCCAGUUACUCUGUAGCUCAAUUGGGAAAUUGGUCUGUCGAGCUAGAGCUUGUACAGCUUUAAGUUCAAACUUUGAACCAACAAAUCAGGAUCUUUAAAUAAAUGUAACUGUGAAGAAAGUGCUACCUUUUCAAUGACAGCUGCAAACGGUUAGUCACUUUCUAGUCUUGUGGCCAUUUAAGUACAAUAAAUCAUAACAACCACACUGUUAAUUCAUAAAGAGCAGAGGACGUGGUCCCUGCAAGUCAAGUUCCUGCAGUUCAAAAUGUUGCCAGUAAACAAUAAGCUUGAACUUGAACUUGAGUUUGUUACAUGAGUUCAACCAUGGUAUGGUGUGUCAUGUACACAUUUUGUCAUUUGGUAUAAAGAUGCCGGUACUCAUUGUUAAAUUAUAUUAAAAUUGCAAAUAGCUGAGGAAAAUUCAAAAAAUGGUUUAUUUUGAAGACUUAUGAAAAGAUUCAUGAAUCUCCUACAGCAAGACAAAAAGCAUUUGAUCCAGUUCAUUGUCUCCAAAAAAGCAAUUCAUUUAACAACAUAGUUGUGAACAAGACACUGGUGAAAUGACUAAUUAUUUGUUGUUGUAUUUCAAGGUCCAUCUGAGCAAGAUGGCCCAAGCACAAGUUCUGUUACAGGUGAAUAAGAGAUUACUAAUUCAUUGUAUAUGAGAAUCACAACAGCUCCCUGACAGUAACCAUCUACUAAACUUUGUCAGGGAAGUAUGUCCUCCUCUUUUUGGCCAUGCUGACAAAGCAAGAUUCCGAUACCUUCUGGGGAUACUUUUGAAUUUUCUAUUUGUCUACCACCACAUGUACAGUCGUUUAAGAGGGUAGUAUAUCCUUCUCCACCCCGCCCCCCCUCUCCUCACCAUGCCCUGACGGUACUAGCGACCAACUUUACAGGGCUGUCAGUAAGGGCCGGGAGGUGUGGAUUUCCCCUGGCUGCUAUGAGCAUGACCCCCGGUUACUUUAUUCAUAGGAAAUAAAAGGAAAAUAGGACCGAAAGAAUUUCCAGGAUGUUCUAUUCCCUGCUCUGAAACUUGAAACCAUAGUGACAGCCUUGAACUCUAACCAGCAAGCUCUCUGCUCUAGUGGCUUUAUGUUCUGGUAUUAGAUCAUUCUAGAACUCUACCCUCUGAUUGGUUGGAAAGGCCCAGGAAGUAUUUUUUUUUUUUCCUGUUUUGAAAAUGUUUCUGAACUGCAACUGCUUACUAGAUGCCUUUUAGAAUCAACUCAGUGUGCAGCUGAAAUCCUGCAUAACCAAGUUUAAAACAUAAAUUUAUUGUCAAAAAUUGUGCACACUGCUACCAGACAUCAUUUAGUGAAUUAAAAUGUCAGUAUCACCCACAAUGUAAGCUUUCAGUCCCAAGACAAGCUGCUCAGUGCUUUUUGUUAUUGAAACUUUGUUAUUCAGUCCCAGAAACUAAAAUGUGAGUAGUAAAAAAACUAACAGAUUGAUAAACAUUUUCCCCAAAUACUUUUGAACAACCCAUGUUUUAAAUGUCUCACUUCAAUUUCUUUUCUAUUUCAUUUAACUCACAGACCCGUCAGCAGGGAAACAGCCCUCUAGCUCUAUGGCCACUAAGGAGGAGUUACCAGGUACUAUUAUAUCCAAUAAAGCAGAAAUGGUACCAGACGCACAGUAGAUUAAAAACGCUUAUUUUAAUAUGAAAAUGACUUUUAUCAUUUGUUAUAUUGCAAUACAAAAUGAUCUUUAUUGUAGCAGUUGUUUAUAUUUAUUUCAAAAAUAAGUAGCAAAGAAGAAGUAUGAUGUGAUACUUCAAGUGUCAAAUUCUUUUUCUCAUUCAAUUUUUCCGUGAGAAUUGUGCUAAGAUAUUUUUAACCUGCGUUAAUCUUCGAGGCCAGUUAUGAAAAAUAAGAAUUAUUUUUAGCACUCAACCACCAACGUCACUAACGGCUUUGGAGAGGUAGCCCUCUAUUGGUGUCUCCUCCCUGAACCUCUCUUUGUGGGGUAACACCCCUUUACACUUGCUUUACUGAUGCAGUCUUCAAAGACAUUUACAUCUACAUGUUACUCCGCCAAGGUUGCCCAUCCCGCCAUAUUCAUAAUUUGUAAUUGUAAUAAUUAAUAAUUCUUUAUUUAGCUCACGGUGAAAUUACAUUUUCAACUUUUUUAUAACUCAAAUUUGUGCUAGGUUAUAACUUUAUAAUAUAAGAGAAAUAAUAAGUGCGAGCUGGGAAGCUAAAUAUACUUUUAGAUUUUCUAGUUAACUGUAUAAGUAGGCGAAAAAGAAGAAAAUAGAAUAGAUAAAUGAAUUAAUAAAUUAAUAUAAUUAAUAUUAAGAGCAUUCCUUCUACGUUUGACCAUAGUAUUUAUAUUCCUACGCUAUAUUCUUGUUUCGAUCUUAGAGCCCUGAUAUCUACAUACACUGUUACUUAGAUUUCUGUUGGUGUAUCAUGAGUUGAGGGUAAUUUGUUUUUAAAUACGGAAAUUUUAUUUGUAUUUGGUGAUCUGAUCAGUUUAUAUAAAUGAGGGCCUAUAUUUUGUGCGUCAACUACCUCCCUUUAACUUUCCACGCCUAUUAAGACAUCAAGUUAUUAACGAACAAUUCUUUAAUAAAAGGAACGUAAAAUUUUCUUUAACAGAUUCUCUCUCCCUCGAGGAGUGCCAGAAACAGCUGCGAUCAAUUUACGAAACCAACAGCAAAGUCAAAAUCGUUCCGUGGGACCAAAGCUCUGCCGUUCAUAUCGAUGAAAUUUACACCCAGUUGUCUUGGCUUAUGGAUGAGAAGAAGCCCAGCGGAGUAACACAGAAGGAACUUGAACACUACACCGACAUUUUCGACGGCGGAAGACCUAAUCAUAAGCCCAAGCGCAUUUUGGUUCACGGACGACCAGGUAUCGGCAAGACCGUUUUUACGCAGAAAGCUACCUUCGACUGGUCCCAGCACAGAUUUGAAGGAAAGUUAGGAAGAUUUGAUCUCGUACUUUUGGUCAAAUUGCGCGAUGUUUGUAACCUCAACGCUGUCCCAGACAUUCUGAGCGCUGCUAAUCUUCUUGCGAGUGAUGGCCCAAUUUCUACUGAUAACCUGUACGAUUACGUUCGUCACCACCCAGAAAAAGUGUUGCUUAUUUUGGACGGCUACGAUGAAUACGUACACAGCGCAGCAAGCCAAUCACCUGUUCUUGAAAUCUGGGCGCAAAAAAAGUUGAGAGAUUGUUGUGUUAUUAUAACAUCUAGAGACAUGAAAGCUGAGGGAUUGAAAAGUUCCAGCGAUGCUCAAUUUGAGAUCGACGGUUUUGACCUUAGGCAACAAAAAGAGUUCGCUCGUAGAUUCUUGAAAGAUGAUCAAGAUGUUGAAGAGUUUUUCAGGUACUUGAAUCAACAAAGGCUGGAGGAUGUAGCAAAGAUACCUAUUGUACUUUUAAUGCUGUCUUUGGUUUGGGAGAAAAAGGGUCGUGAAGGACUACCUUCAUCACGGGUGAUGAUUUAUGACCAGUUCAUACAGACUAUGUUUAAUCAUAUGUCUGAAAAACAAAACAAGCCGGUGGAAAAAGUUGACGACCACAAAGAAGAACUCUGUAAAGUAGGAGAACUAGCCUUUGACGCACUUCUACAAGAUUUACUUUAUUUUCCUCUCAGUAAACUGCCGGAUCGCGUUUUGACUGAGAAACUGAUCGAGGCCGGGUUGUUUCAGCUGCUAAACGUGUCCGCUCUUAACCCCAGCAAAGACGUUCACUUCAUUCACAAAUCCAUGCAGGAGUUUUUGGCUUCUAAAUGUCUAAAAGAAGAACUGUUAUCUCCAGAAAGUAAAAACAAUUCCCUUUUCAAAGUCGACUCAAUUGAAAAGAUCUUCAAGUUGAAUGAAGUUUUUAAAUUUGUUGCUGAAAUGUCAGAAGAAGCCGCGCGCAAGAUCUUGAUUCAUCUGUUGGAAAUGGCGGCGAAGGAAGACGGAGAGUACAGCUUCGACAACGAAGCACCGUCAGUCAACGAUUUGUCUCAUGAACAAAAAAAUCUUUUAACUCUAUGUACACAGUUAUUCUUCUACUGCUCAGCAGACACGAGAACAGAACUUUUCCCCACUUUUCUUUCUAAUCUAGGAGGUGUUUUUUUAAUAAAUCCUGAGCAGCUGAAUAUUGCAGCAAAGGAAAAUUUUGUUAAAACUACCGCUUCACUUAUGUACAUAUUUUUCUCUUAUAGCGACCAGUAUACAGAGCAAAGUUAUAAUAAUUUAAUAACUUUAGCACAGCAAUUAAACGCUGUUAUAGAUAGUAGAACAGGAGAACAGAAAGCAUCAGAAUUUUUGAAAGUAUUUCCAUGGCGUAGUGUUGACGAGUUUUUUUUAAUGAAAGAAGAAAACAACACUUACCUUUAUUUUACUCAAAUUGUAAAAGAUACAUAUCCUUACAUUCCUUUUCCUUUUAAAAUGGUAAAGACGUUAGUUAGUUUAGAAGAGACAACAAAGAAGACAAACAUGAAUGGUGAUGAGUCAAGUGAAGAGAGCAGCAGCAGCUGUUGUUCAAAGCGUCAUGGUCUCUCCAGGGUUCGGAGGAUUGUACCUUUUGAUGUGAACAGGUCACAAGUGGAACAGCUGAUUGAGAUGAUGCCGUUUAUCACCGCUCCACACGUGAUAUGGGUUCAGAGUGAAGACGGUGAAGUGUUUGAUGCUGAGGUAACAGAGUCUCUACUGAGGAGCAUCCCAACAACACACAAACUGGAGGGAUUAGCACUCAGCAAUAUCAAUGUAACAUCAUCACCUGCUGUGGAGUUCAUCAGCAGAGUAUUUAAACAAGAUCUUCCAAACUUGAAGUCGCUCAACAUGUCAUACAAUCCUCUUCUGGGUGCAGGAGUCGACAGCCUGAUAAAACAUCUCAGCUGCGCUCCUCACCUGGAGAGACUGUACCUUGAUGGAGUGAAGAUGACUCCACAGCAGGUGAUGAAUCUCACAUCAGCUGUACAGCAGCACGGAAACAUCUUUCAACUGUGGUCAGAAUACCACGUAAGUUUUCCAAUUUUAUCGCAAUUUGUUUCUUUAUCCUUGUUUACAGUUUAUUUCUACUCAGCUCUUGCCUUUCGCCAUUUUCCUUUCUUUGUCAUUUUUAUACUCGACAAAACACGAGAUUUGCUUUUGAAAACAAAUCACAAACUUUAGCAGAUUCAAAGUAUCAUUUCAAAUUCAUUUGUUUCAACUGAUUAAACUAACUCCAUAAAAUGUUUUAACUGAGAACGUUAAGAACAAGUAACUUUAGCUGAUAUUAAAACAUGGAGUUGAACACAAGAAGAGAAAUUUCGUAUCUUCAAGCACCCAUAAAGUGAUAUUAUUGGGUGAAAACAAAAACUUUUAGCAAGAUAAAAGCAAUUAAUUUCCACAGUAUUAAUUUCUGAAUCAAUUUUAAUUCAUACCUUUUCAUAAAGUAAAAAAACAACAAUCAUAAAAGCAAAUGAAAGAUGUUCAGUUCAUGUUCAAUUCAAACAAAUGAGCAAAGAGUAAACACAUUGAACUCACGGUUUCACAGUUUAUCGUCCAAGGCUCCUAAAAAACAGUUUAAGUCAAGUGAAGUUCUUUUGAAAGUCCAGAAAACAGACAAGUCUUUUUUAUAGCUGUUCUUUUGUUAGUUCUUGAGCGUUUCUUUGAUAAAUACUGGUCCUUGCAGUUCGGUGAAGCGUUGGUUUUUGAAAUAACAACCCGGAGAAAAAAAUUGUAUCUUUGAGACAACGGUUGAAAGCAACACUAAACAAAUUUUCCUUACAGGUAAACACUUCGCUGUUCUCCACUGUAUAGCAUAAGUAUCCAUUCCAUGAUUUUUAUCGCGUAAAUAGCGUGAGCUUGUUUUCAAUCUUCCAAGAACACUCGCCAUACAAAUCAAAUCCUGCGGAGCUUUGGGCUGUCGUGAAAUAUCGUUAUAAAUGAUGUUUCCUUGAGCCUCGAACAACUCCUUAGCAUAUUCCUGAGUCAAAAGAGAUGAAUCCCUGUCUUGUGUAAACUAAUUUCCCUGAUGUUUUCUUAUUAAAUUUUGAGUUCAUUCUGAACAGUUUGCCGUUGAAGAGCGAACUGAACAAACUACAAAAACAACAAACGGUGUCAUUCAAAGCCUAGUGACGUGGCGGCAGCUGAUUGGUUAAAUCUACCUCGGAUGAUUUUUCACGUGACGACAUUUUCCCGCCUUUCGUUUUAUUACGUAACAAAUUCCCGCCCGGAAAAAAUACACUGUGAUCUGCGAACUUUGUAUUUCUGAAUAUAUUUUCAAAAGAAAAGAAAAGGAUUUGCAAGUGUUGAUUUUGAUUCCAUUAUUUUGAAUGCGAAUUUCUUGUACGUGCGCCUUGAUAAAGAUAAUGUUUCUCUUUCCAAUCCCGCUGAGAGGGGAGAGGUACAGGGAGGUAAAUCUCCCUCCUCCCUAAACUUGGUUUAAAAAUUGGCGACGGGUAACACUCGUUUCUUGAACUUAGUCGUAAAGGACGUUUUUUGACCUUCAGCGCUUCGCCUCUACACCAAUAUACCAGACAAAGAAGGCGUAACUACCGUGUGUCUAGUGCAGUUCUGGCCCCUCUCUCUCUCUCUCUCUAUGUCACGUAACGCCGGAGAGAGAGGGUUCUCCCCCACAUCGGUUAGGUCCCUUAUCAUCACGCAAAAAGCCAUUAAAUUACCUUUUCAUCGAUAUCUCCGUCCUCCCUGUUCUGUUUCUCUUUCCUCCGCCGAGAUGUCAAAAUUUUCGGUAGGAAAAAUUUCUCUCAGCAAAUAACUGUAAAGACGCUUAAAAAUAGUUUGUCAGUUGUUGUUGACACAUUAACCUUGUGUUCGUAUAAUUUUUGACAAGGUGCCGGUUUCGAAUCCUGCUCAGUACCCUUUUUUUUUUCCUUCUGUCUUUCUAAAUUUUUUUUUUUUUCGUUUUCGUGUUUAUUUUGUUGUUGAUGUUUUUUAAAUAUAUACCUUCUAGAGCAAAGAUAGCAUAUUUAUGGAUAAACAAUCUGAAUUUCUAUCGUUUCCUACAAUUUCCAUUCCUUUUUUAUUGCAAUAUAUUCUACAAACUAAAACAGUAGCCACAUGCAGCCACAAACUGCCUUUUAUUAUACAGGCCAAGUUUUGACUGUUGAUCUUUGCUUUCGGCACGCGAGGCUCUUUUUGAACUUAGUACAUCUUGUCAAAGUUGUUGUCAUACAAACAAUUGUCUUUCGUUGGUCAGUGUAAUCGCAUGGGACUUAAGACGAAGGUUUUCAAAUGUGUACACGUCCACACUGUAAUGAAAGGAGAUGAGUAGUUUUAGUAUUGUUUUGUAUUUUGUUGCAGGAUGGAGAAAACCUCAUACCUGAACGAUACUGGCCAUCAGAGGAUUACUGGAGGAGUGUGCACCCUGACCUCUUUCCUGAUUCAUCACCAGAAUCAGCGCAUGAGCAGGAGCAGGUUAGUCAUCACUCACCUAUUUUUGUGAAAGUUUAUUUCUUAAAUAUUUAGUAAGACUUUCAGGGUUUGUGUGAGCCGUUCUCUUUUUCUGUCCGUCAGAGAUAAUCAAAUACGCUCAGGAGCCUUCAUUUGUAAGUCUCCAUUGCGGAGGAUUUCCGAGUUGGUGAUACUGAGUUAGUUUUUAAUACAGUAAAAACCCGCGUGUAAGAACCUAGUGGCUUAAUAACCUGCUGUCAGAAAUUUGCUUGUUUAAUACCCAACAAUAUAAGAACCAGGUUGGCCAAACGAGAUCAGGAGAGUUCUUAUCUGUUGGUUACAGUUGAAUUAAUAAGCUUAUUCAUCAUCUAAAAAAGAGAUUGAACAGGAACAGGUUAGUCACCAGCUUCGUUUGUUUAAGUUUAUGCAGCAGUUAUUUGAAACUCCGGCUCCCGGCCCCCGGGACGUAGCGGGGAAGUUAACAUUGGAUUGGUGUUAAAACACCGCUAAUUUCCCCGCUCCCCGGGCCAAGUAGUUUGUUAAAAGCCCCGUAUAGCAGGGAAUUAGUAAAGUGUAGUUCUAGGCUCGAUUUCAAACGUUCUGUCCGAUCUGGUAUUCUGUACUUCUUAAACUUCAAACCAUCUGACCUGUUAAUAGAAACUCUCGAUCGCGUUCCUUCAAAUUCAUGAAAAAUGUUACCCUGGGUGCCAGAGGAUUUUUUUCUUGCCUAAUUCCCGAGAACGGACCUCUGGAGCCACUGUAGAAAAAUGUGAUUAGAUGGCUUACAAAAAAGUAAGUUCUGUAUGGUAUACUUGUAAGGGCAAGGGAUCUUAAGCGAAACCUUGGGGGGAGGGGUACUUCCUUAUAUAAACCAUUUAGGUAUAGUCAACUCUCGCCUUGCGAACAUCCCGAUAAUACGGACAGCAGCUAAAUUCCCGGGCAAAAACAAAUUACAGAAGUUUGACUUGAAUAAACUCCCGCUAUUACGGACUGUUGCUAAUGAGGACACUAAUUUGAGGUCCCUACAGUGUCCGCUAUAAAGGGCUGGUUGACUGUAAUUCUGACAUAAUUUCUGCCUAAAUGUCAGGUCUGGAAACGGGUGUUGAUUUUAGAGGUCAGGUCUGAAAAAGGGUGUGGAAAACGACACUUUUUGGGCUGAAAUAGGGUCAGGAUUUGGAGAACUGUGCGGCACAUCCCCACCGACAAUUACCCGGAGUACCCCUUGGAAAGCGAAACACCUCUGUCUUUCUCCAAUUUUCCAAUCGUGAAAGUAAUAGGAGAGGAAUCGGGAAACUUAGAAAGCGCUUUUGGAUUAAUUUAUAGUCGUUUACGUACGAGGUGAACAAAUGAGACUCAAAUGAAAUUUGUGAAGUUCUUGUAAGGCAACGCUCGACCAAUGUGUAGGACGUUCUAUACACUUUCUUUCUGUGUCUGAGACUAACGCAACCUGUUUUUGUGCCUUCCUGCCUUGUUUCUCCUAUUUUUUAAUAUUAUCAUUCUCUGCGGCAUCAUCUCUCUUCUGCCGCCAUAGAAAACUUUUGGAAACGACGCUUUUCCAAAAGGCUUGGUUCCUUUCCGAGGCUUGGAACUCUAAAAGACAUUCUGUCAAAGGGAAAAGAAAUUUUGAUCAGUUCAUGGACAUAUUUUGAUAACACAGGAUGUUCCGCUACCUCAACCGAUAUAAAGCCGUGGCUAAGAUAG